AUGAUGUGGAUAUUCUAUGGCUUGCUAGGGGCCACCGCCGCAUUUUCCCAACGGGAUGGAAUCGGUGAUGUUCCGGUUGAUGUGGAGACAAGGUUGGGGAAGAUCCGAGGCCGAGAGGGAACUUUUGAGAUGAAAGAUGGUUCUUUGCCCAAGGUCCGCACGUUUCUCAGUGUGCCAUUCGCCGAGCCGCCCACCGGCAAUUUGCGCUUCCGGCCGCCCGUCCCAAAAAAGCCGUGGCGAGAAGCGGUUGAAGCCAUUGAACCACCGCCAGCAUGUUAUCAGGGCCGCGACAACUACAACACGUCAUUUUGGGGCUCCGAAAUGUGGAAUCACAACACCCCGGCGAAGGAGGAUUGCCUUUACCUGAAUAUCUGGGCCCCAGCUGAUGCUCGGAAUCUUACUGUAAUGGUGUGGUUAUUUGGAGGUGGCUAUUACUCGGGCAGCGCCUCUUUAAUACUCUACGACGGCCGGGCCCUGGCGGUGACGGGCAACGUGGUGGUGGUCAACAUCAACUAUCGAGUCGGCCCGUUCGGCUAUCUGUUCUUUGACCACACCGAUGCCCCCGGAAAUAUGGGAAUGCUCGAUCAGCAACUAGCCCUGCAAUGGAUCCGGGACAACAUCUUCUCAUUUGGUGGCAACCCGGAUCGGGUGACCCUUUUCGGGGAGAGUGCCGGCGCCUCGAGCAUCGUCGCCCAUCUCAUCGCACCCGGGUCACAAAGGCUAUUCAAACACGGCAUCCUCCAAUCGGGCAGUUUGGACAACAAAUGGAGCAUGGACACCCCGCAGCGAGCACGCAGGAAAAGCGAAAAACUCGCCGAACUCGUCGGAUGCAACCGGACUACGGAUACCGCCACGAUCCAAUGCUUGCGUGAUUCUGAGCCCCAGAAGCUGGUCGACGUGAUGUGGAAUGUCGAUUUGACGUUUCUGGAAUUCCCCUUCGUCAUCGUUAGUCGGGAUCGGCAUUUCUUCCGUCAUAAGGAUGGCUUCCAAUCACUCCGUAAAGCCGAUUUCACCAAGGGCGUCAACCUGAUGUUCGGAAUCAACCACGAUGAGGGUGCGCAAUUUUUGGAACAUCUACAACCUGCCCGACUAUUUCAACAUUCAAAUAUUCACGACCAUCACAAUACCGGCAAUUUUCAGGAUACCGCGACGAUACAAUGCCUGCGUGAUUCUGAGCCCCAGAAGCUGGUCGACGUGAUGUGGAACGUCGAUUUGACGUUUCUGGAAUUCCCCUUCGUCAUCGUUAGUCGGGAUCGGCAUUUCUUCCGUCAUAAGGAUGGGUUCCAAUCACUCCGUAAAGCCGAUUUCACCAAGAGCGUCAACCUGAUGUUCGGCAUCAACCACGAUGAGGGCAAUUUUUGGAACAUCUACAACCUGCCCGACUAUUUCAACGUGCCCAUCCAGCCCGAAUUGACCAGGGAGGAAUUCUUUGACUGUGUCGACAAGGCAUUCGCCGUCCAGCCCGAAGUCAUCCGGUAUGCCACCAAGUUCGUCUACUCGGACCCGUACUGCAACGGGACCGGCAAGCGCAAAUUCUACGCCGAGCAGGUGAAUCAAAUGGUCGGCGACUAUUUCUUCACCUGCGACUCCAUCUGGCUUGCCGAUAAAGUGGCCGCCGAUCCCACAAAUAACGCCCAAGUCUACAUCUACUACUUUGACCAGCAUAGCAGCGCGAAUCCGUGGCCCGAAUGGACGGGGGUGAUGCAUGGCUACGAGAUCGAAUACGUCUUCGGCGUGCCGUUGUACAAUAAAACGGCCGGAUACACGAGAAGAGAAGAGAUAUUCUCGCGAAAAGUGAUAGACUACUGGACAACGUUUGCUACGACUGGCGUCCCUUCCGUGCACGGCAGCAAAAAUCAUGCCAUCUGGCCGAAAUACGAUCAGACAAGCAAGAGUUGGAUGAACCUGAAGGCCGGUUCUAACCUAUUUGCAAUGCACGCCAAGAAGAGCGUCGAAUGUGAUUUGUGGCGCCAUUCCAAGGAUCUCGAAUUUAAUAAUUACGUCCACGUCGUCUCUUCGACACGAGAAUACACCAUCUCUACCAUUACCAUCCUCAUCAUUGGAGCCCUUCUCUUC